UAAAUAGGUCCUCUGUUUCUACCCAGCAGUAGAUCACUGCAGGCAAGAGUAGAGGCAUAGCUCAAGAAGAGAUGGCUCUCCUGGAGAACCCAUGGGACUACUCAGAGAAAUUUCACAUUUCAAAAGAUUUGGGCUUUAUUCUGGAAGACCCAUUGGAGGAACUGCCUGAUCUCUAUCAGGUCUGGGUGAGGCUUGCAAAAAAUCUGCCCUUUCUGAUUCAGAGCGGCCAGUUUCGGGAAGAAGUUGAACAGCUGCCAGAACUUGAUAUUGGUCAACUUGAAGGACACAAGGAACAGCGCCUUGCACAUCUGGCACUGGCAGUUAUCACCAUGGGCUAUGUAUGGCAGGACAGAAAUGUCAUGCAGGUGCUGCCCAGGAAAAUUGCUGUCCCUUUCUGUGAAAUCUCGAGGCAACUUGGCUUGCCUCCAAUAAUGGUGUAUGCAGACUGUGUCUUGGCAAACUGGAAGAAAAAGGAUCCCUUAGGGCCCAUGACUUAUGACAACAUGGAUACUCUAUUUGCAUUUCCCGGUGGAGAUUGCAGCAAAGGAUUCUUCCUAGUUUCUUUGCUGGUUGAAAAAGCAGCUGCUUCUGCAAUCAGGGUAAUUCCAGAUAUAUUUGAAGCAAUCAAAAGCAAGAACGUGGAAUCCCUGAAAGAAAGUCUCUGUACUGUGGCCUCUUCUGUUUAUGAGGCAACUGAAGUGUUUGAACUUGUUCAUGACCACGUGAAUCCUGAUGAUUUUUUUGGUACUCUUCGUAUCUACUUGUCUGGCUGGAAGAACAAUCCACUGUUGCCAAAUGGUCUGGUGUAUGAAGGAGUUUGGGACACACCCAAGAUGUUCUCUGGGGGAAGUGCUGCCCAAAGCAGCAUCAUGCAGUGUUUUGAUGCCCUGCUGGGGAUUGAACACAGCACUGCAGAGGAGAAAACCAGUGCUAAAUUCCUCGAGGAAAUGAGAAACUACAUGCCACCAUCUCACAAAGACUUUCUUGAGGCAGUUACCUCUAGCCCAUCUGUUAGAGAUUUCGUCAUCUCCUGUGGUGAUACUAAGCUGAAGAAGGACUAUAAUGAAUGUAUAAAUGCUCUAGUUAAACUCAGGAGCUAUCACAUACAAGUGGUGACCAAGUAUAUCCUAAAUCCAUCGAAUAAACAGAACAAUGAAAAAGGGAAGAAAUCAUCAGAGAAUGAAGAGAAAGGGACAGGUGGCACAAACUUAAUGACUUUCCUUAAGACUGUAAGGGACACAACCAAGAAAGCUCUAUUGGAAUAGAGCUGAUGGAAUACAACAUUAUUAUUACUAAAUUAUCAUGCAGUUAUUAAGCUCGUUUAUGUGUCAGACACUAGGCUAAGCAUACAGAUACAAAAAAUCAAAGUCUCCGCUUUCAAUAAUAUUACAUUCUACUUAAAUAUGCAGUUGAUUAUCUUCCAUUAACCAAUCUAUUAGUGGACCAAUGAAUAAGCAUUAACUAAGCACUUUACUAUGUAUGAGAUGAUAAGCUUGGGGUGUACAAAAAAUUUUGAAAAAAAACUGUCUUUGACCUCAGAGAGCUCAUAUUACAGAUAGAGGUUGCAUGGAGAAGUCUUCCUCUGUAAGUUCCAAGGAAUCUUUAUAAGAUGUCUUCCUUAAAUGAUGACAAGGAUGUUGAACAAGAAAAAAAUGCUUUGUUUUGAAUGAUACUAAUGCUAUGUUGCCAAUGUGGCUGCAUCAUAAUGUAAUUAAUUAAAAUGAAUAAAUAAAAGCUAUUUUAAUAGUG